AGCCUCACCAAACACACAGCCCCGUGCACAACACUGUAUUACUCCGCCGCGCCGGAUCUACGUCUUCAGUAACAGGGUCUGCACACAGCCUGCUCGGCGGAAGCGUUAAACCUGAGAGAGAUGAAAAAGAGUUCCGGAUCAUUGACUGUGCAUGGCGGAAGGAUACCAAGCCAGGACCUAACGUGGUGAUGAGGCUUCGAUGAGCGAGAAAAAAAAAAAAAAAAAAAAAACAUGUCUGCCUGAGGGAGACCCACAAGUUCCUAUCGGGUGAAAAAAAAAGGCGAAAACCGUCCCCAAUAGUGGAGAACAACGGCCAAACCCCGGGAAAGCGGGAGGAUAGCGCUCUCUGUCACCCCCCAGCAGCCAGAAAGCAGCCCCCAGCCGGCGGACCGGGACCCCAAUAAACUUACACCGGAUUGUUGGAUGUUUAAACGGAAAAAAGGAGCUGACUUGAGUGGUUGAAGAUGAAUCCUCAGCAGCGGAUGGCCGCUAUAGGAACAGACAAGGAGCUGAGUGACCUGCUGGAUUUCAGUGCGGUACGAUAUCCUUCGGGGUCUUCUUAUGGCUUCUCACACACGAUGUUUUCCCCACCUGUUAAUAGUGGGAAAACCAGACCUACUACAUUAGGAAGCAGUCAAUUCAGUGGAUCUGGUAUGGAAGAAAGGUCUGCUACUUCAUCGUGGGGAACAAGCGGUCAGUUGAGUCCAUCUUAUGAAUCUUUAAGGGGUUUUACAGACAGCCCUCAUUACAGUGAUCACUUGAAUGACAGUCGAUUAGGGCCCCAUGAAGGAUUGUCCCCGACACCUUUCAUGAACUCAAAUCUGAUGGGUAAAACUUCGGACCGAGGCCCAUUCCCACUCUAUGGCCGAGACACAGCUGUGCCUGGAUGUCAACCCAGUCUUAUUCGAGCAGACAUUGGACUGGGAAGCUCUGGACAGCUCCCAUCCUCUGGGAAACCAGGAAGUCCAUACUUUCCAUUCUCUGCAUCAAACCCACGCCGGAGGCCCUUACAGGAUACACCAGCAAUAGAUCCUGUGCAAACAAAGAAAAUAAGAAAGGUUCCCCCUGGCUUGCCUUCUUCCGUCUAUGCACCUUCUCCAAAUUCAGAUGACUUCAACAGAGAGUCUCCAAGUUACCCAUCUCCCAAGCCAACCAGCAGUAUGUUUGCAAGCACUUUUUUUCUGCAAGAUGGGAGCCAUAAUUCAUCAGAGCUAUGGAAUUCUUCCAAUGGAAUCAGCCAGCCAGGGUACAGUGGAAUGCUGGGCAACACAGCCUCUCACAUGUCUCAGUCAAGUAGCUAUGGCAGUCUACAUGACCGCUUGAACUAUCCACCACAUCCAGUCUCACCAACAGAUAUAAAUGCCAGUCUUCCUCCAAUGUCCAGCUUCCAUCGAGGUGGCACCACCAGUUCCUCUUAUGUGGCGACUUCUCACACUCCUCCUGUAAAUGGGUCAGACAAUCUCUUAGGUGCAGGAAGUCGAGGCAAUGCAGCGGGAGCUUCUCAAACAGGAGAUGCACUUGGCAAAGCUCUGGCUUCUAUUUAUUCUCCUGACCAUACCAGCAGUAGUUUUCCAUCAAAUCCUUCGACCCCUGUUGGAUCUCCGUCACCUCUGCCAGGUGCUAACCAGUGGUCGAGACAAGGAGGGCAAACACCUUCUUCUCCAAGUUAUGACAAUUCUCUACACUCCCUGAAAAAUCGUGUUGAGCAGCAACUUCACGAGCAUUUGCAAGAUGCUAUGUCCUUCUUGAAAGAUGUCUGUGAGCAGUCGCGAAUGGAAGAUCGUUUGGAUAGACUUGAUGAUGCCAUCCAUGUACUCCGAAAUCAUGCUGUAGGCCCUUCAACAAGCAUGUCUGCAGAUAUACACAGUUUAUUGGGUGCAGCCCAUAACGGGCCCAUCGCAAGCCUCACCUCAAGUUAUGGAACAACUGGACUUGUAGCAAACAGUCGACAGUCCUCAAUGUUGGGAAAUCACAGAGAAGAGUCUGUAAGCCUGAAUAGUGACCAUUCGGCUCUGUCUAGCGCUGUCUCUGCUUCAAGCACAGAAAUUAAUCACAAAACACAAGAAAAUUACAGAGCAUUGUCCGGAGGAUUGACAGGCCAGCCUGGGAUUCCAAACCUUGUAGAAGUCAAGUCAGAGCGUAAAGAAAAAGAUGAGAAUAUUCACGAUCCAGUGUCUUCGGACGAUAUGAAAUCAGACGAUGAAUCAUCACAAAAAGACAUGAAAUCUUCAAGAGGGAGAACAAGCAGUAUUAAUGAAGAUGAAGAUUUGAAUCCAGAGCAGAAGCUGGAGAGAGAAAGAGAAAGAAGGAUGGCAAACAAUGCGCGGGAACGUUUGCGUGUUCGAGACAUCAAUGAAGCAUUUAAAGAACUUGGACGCAUGUGUCAACUGCACCUAAAGAGCGAAAAACCUCAGACAAAACUGCUAAUUCUUCAUCAGGCUGUAGCAGUUAUACUCAACCUAGAGCAACAAGUCAGAGAGAGAAACCUCAAUCCCAAAGCAGCCUGCCUUAAGAGAAGGGAAGAAGAAAAAGUUUCUGCCGUAUCGGCAGAACCCCCAAACACACACCCAGGAGCUCACCCUGGGCUAACUGAUAAUACCAACCCUAUGGGUCAUAUGUAAACAUCAGCCAGGACUCCCACACUAUGGAUAUCAUAUAUAACAAGGUGACCUUUCAUCACAAGGACACAGACAACUAACAUAUCGACGACACAAAUCUGACAGAAUAAUAACGAAGAGGGGGGAAUAAAUAAAUAAUAACUUGAAGCAAGAAACCCAAAAUGCAAUCUUACCGAUUUUUAAAGCAAAUGUUUAACACCUGCAUUAGAAGUUGAAAUCUACCAAAUUGUCUGAACUUAUCAUAACUGUUUCAAUGUGUCGUUUCUGCACAAUCAGACUGUCAUAUUUCCUCCACAAAUCGUGGAAGCUGCCUUGUGCCUAAACUGAAUUGACAAAUGCAUUGUAUCUACAUAUUUUAUUUAUUGUUAAGGAACUGUUGUAAAGGUCUACAUAUAAAAAGGGAAAAGUUGGGCUGAAAGUGGUAAAGAUUUCAUUUGAUGCCAGCGUUUGUUAGAACUGUUCAGAGUAUAAAAACGGUGGCAACCUUUGACCCUUAGCAUUCCCAGCAUACCUAUUAGUGUCUUAAAGAAGGAAGGGAAACAUUACUCGAUGUCCUUUCUAUUCCUUUUGCCAUAUAAAUAGUGUUUUCCACCUACUGGAAAAUAUUCCUUGGUAUAGCUUUGUUUGUUUAUUUUAUUUUUGUAAUGUUAUUUUUGUCUCUGGUAAUCUGAACAGUUAUGGUCAUAGUUAACUUUCCACGCUAAGCUCAGUCAGUAGCAGUAGUAAGGAUUGAAGAGCGGAACAUUGCUGUGACCUAGCAGUAUCGUAUAUAGAGGGAUUCCUUAUGUCCCCUAUUUUGUUCCCAUACAAUUUCUCAAAAGAAAACUAAAGAAAAUCUAGACUUCAUAGCAAAGCUUUUAAAGUGAGCUGUAAAUUGAGGGCAAAUACCUUUGUUAGAACAGCUUUCUGUUCCAUACCGUACCUGCUGCUUGUAGAGCAGUAAGCCAUUAGCUUGUAUAUGCACAGACUUACAGCGGAGGUUAUUCAGGCAGUAAUUAUGGUGGGUUAACAGUAACUGCUUACUGUGGCAAGUAGUGUGAACAAAUCAUCAUGUGGUUGAAGUUCAUAUGAAACAUAAGAGCAAUGGUCACCACCUUUAGUUCUUUAAUCUUUAUUCAUUGGGAUUAUGCAUGAGUAACAUUCAAUCCGAUGCAAACAUCAACCACUUUGGAAAAAACAGACUACUAACGUGACCUGUCUGAAGUCAAGAUUUAUGUUCUAGCAGAACGCUUUUUAAGUAUUUAUUUGCCCGUGAUCUAUACCAAGCCCUGUUUGAUACUUCCAUGUAAGCGGUCUUCCACUAUAUAGAACAUGGGAGAAUUAUAACUGAGAGUAGCAUCCUGGUUUGAACAAAGUGUCUGCAAAUGUAAGAGGAUUCUAAACAGAACAAAUUAUGUUUUGGGAACUUUAAAUAACGUGUUUAUGGUUCCUUACAAAUGAAUGAUUUAUGAACUGAAUGGAUAUUUACUAUUUGCUUAUAUUAUCAUCAAAUAUCAUGGGACUAGAUCUGUGGCCUUGUUCUUUAUUUCAGUAUUUAUCGACUAAACAGACGUUGUUGCUUAUGACGUGAGAGCUUUCACGUGCUACUGCCUGGCCUUUAUUUGUUUUCUUCUAAGCUUGUCUUUUUUUUUCCCCUUUUUUUUCCUUUGUUGGCUAUAAUAGACUUUGCAGUAUGCCCAGAAGCUUUUCCUUCAGAAAAUAGAAAGAAAAAAACAUUUGGCUUAUUUUUCACUGUAGUUAGUCUUUUAUACAAUAAUCUUGUAAGAAAAUUUCUUGAAUUCUAAAUAUUACUCUUUCUAGAUUUUUGAAAUCGAAAAAGUUUUCAGUAAAAAGUUUCUUACUUUAUUUUACUAUAUUAGGUAGUAAAAAUGUAGGGUUAUUUACCAUAACCUGUUCAUUAAUAUCAGAAAUUUACAAUAGCAUUUAAGAGCAUAGUUAGGGUCCUAGCAUACAGUGUAGUACCUAUGGAGUAUUGUAAGAGCUAAUUGUCCAAGAUGAAGUGCUUAUCAUCUUGUUCUCCAGUUUCCAUUAUUGGUUUAUUGCAGAUUUGUACCCUGUGUCAAAUUCAACGUAUUGUUGAUAAACCUUUUCAACCAGCAGCAAGAAGUUCAAAGUUUUCUGUCAUUGUAACAGAAACACAAUAUGUAUAUAACAUUUAUGUAGCAAUAAAUGUGCCAUCUUUUUUUAAA